UACUCGAAUCUCGAACGAUUAACAUCCACCAACAUGAAGCUUCUUGUAAUAUCUCUGUGCUCGGUGCUCCUCCUGGCAGCCCAAGCGGAGAUGCAAACGGACGACACAACAGCCACGUCGCAAGACCCUCGGCAGAGCGAGCCCCUUCACAGCCAAGAGAAACGAAGUGUGGCCAAACUUCUCCUUCUCAAGGCUUUACCGCUGCUGAAGAAGUUGCCGCCGGUGUUGCCUCUCCCUGUGCCACUUCCGGUGCCCAAGCCUUUUCCUGUGCCGCUGCCAUUCAGUGUGAACUUUACUCGUUCUUCGUCAGGAUAGAAGCCUGUUCGCUCGAGCACAUAGGAUUGAAAGUGCAAAUAGGACUUUAUCAUUUACCUGAUAUGUUUUUCACUCAAAUGAAGACCUACGCCUUAGCCUCUGUGUGAUUUGUCUUUCUGACAAGAUUACGGCAGCGUGUGAAUGCAAUUUCUUGUAUUUUUGUGUUAUAAGAUUUUCUAAUAAAACAUUGUAAUAGAACAA